UGAAGGACAGAUGUCACUCUGUCAUUCUUCCACUGGAACUAUUUUUUUCCCCCUCCAGAACCGCUCCAUGACAUGACCGUCCUGUCCUGCUGUGUGACAAUCACUCCCCUCCCUCCCUCCCUCCUCCUCUCAGCGCAGGAACAAAAAGACAUCUGAGCUAUGUGUGGAUGGGGAAGAAAAAUCACAGCACUUUGUGCAGCGCGGCGGCCACAUCCACCUCCACCUCCACCUCCAGCGCUCCGGUUUCACAGAGUCUCUGACAGGCGGAGCGCUUUUUACGCAUCGCCUCCAGUCCUGCGAGGCAUUGGAGACAUUGUUUAGUAGUAAGUAGACUCCUGAGAAGACAGUAGACUCCUGAGAAGACACCGGAGCGGCGCAGUCUCUCAUAACUGGAUACCUGAGUCCAAAAGGUGCUGAGACUACAAAGAAGCCAGAGACAGGACACCGGCCAGAGAACAUUUUGGAUUUUGGCCUGCGUAAAAAGAAAACCCGAGGAGGAGGAGGCGCCUCUUCGUCACGUUGAAGCAGAACCGCUUUAGAUGGAUUCUUCAUGUCUGCUUCAGCCUCAGUGGACACAUCCUGCUCUGAACACUUACAAGCCGUGACAGUGAGGUGUAAAACAUGACGCAUCGCAGCGUAUGGAUAGCAGAAAACAUGAGCUGCGCCCAGCGUGGAAGAAGAAGAGGAAGAAGAAGAAGAAGAAGCGUCUCUCCUGUCCUCUCCGGUGCGCACUUGGAGCAGAAUGCGCACAGGACAGCUGCUGCUGGUGGGACCAGAUGGAGGGUUCGGAGGAAGGAUAGACAGGAGAUUACCUCUGUCAUAUCAGCAAAGGCCAAGGUGCUGCUGUGGGUGCUCCUUUCUCUGCUGCCUCUAGUGGAAGGAGCUCAUAUGAAAGCCGUUGCUGCUGGUGCGGGAUCAGACUCGGGCCACGCCGUGGGCCUGCUGGCAGGCCAGGAGGAGCGAGAGCUUCCUGUGACGCUGCCAGAGGUGGUGGAGGACGAGGAGCAGGAAGACCAAAGCGACCCUUACUCCACUUGGCACGCUCUAUAUGACCCCUUUGUAACAGAAGAGAUGGAUGACCAUCCCAGUAGUCGCUGGGCGGGGCGCUCUCCACGCUCCUCUGACCCCUCAGAACCUACACCCAAUGGAACGCCAAAGAAAAAGAAGAAGAGGAAGAAGAAAGAAAAGGAGGAAGAGGAAGAGACAGGAAGAGCAGAUAGAAGGGGUAAAGGUAGGAGCAGGCAGCCGAAGCAGAGCAGCAGGGACUGCCGCGUGGAGAAGAGAGAGAUGAAGGUCCGGGACCUCGGCCUGGGGUUCGACUCGGAUGAGAUUGUCCUCUUCAAGUUCUGCGUGGGCUCCUGCCAGUCUUUGAGAACAAACUACGACCUGGCGCUGAAGGCGCUGCUGGAGAACGGCUCGCUGCCCCGGCGCACCGCCCGCAAGGUCAGCAACCACCCCUGCUGCCGGCCCGACCGGUACGAGCCGGUUUCCUUCAUGGACGCCCAGACCACGUGGAGGACCAUCCAGUCGCUAUCGGCCGCCAGCUGCAUGUGUAUGGGCUGAAGACGUGAAUGAGGGAGAAGGUGACGGGGAGGAGGGGUGUCACCCAUCCUGGACAGAGAGGAGGCUCAGGGUGAGGAAGGCCCGGGUGCAGGGAAGAGCCAGGCGGCGGCGCCGUAUCACACACAGAGAGCAAGGAAGUGACGGAUCCUGUGGUGUAUCUCCUGUUGAGGAGGAAGAGGUCUGGGUGCAGCUGGACGAUUGAGGUCAAAGGUCAGAAUCAGAGACGGAGGGGGAAGUCAUCAGGGAAUCACAGUCUGGAUUUAUUGUUGCGUCUUCAAAGAGUGAAUUGUUUUCAACUGAAUAACUGGUAACUAAUGUACUCCAGUUUAUACACAUAAAAGAGACUAUAUGUGAACAUUUUGAUUUUAUAUGGGCAAGACCUGAAGGCUGAAGCUCAAGAAACAUAAAAAAGGACGGACACUGUGUUUAUAUUCUAACUAAAAAAAAAAAGACUGCUACGAUGUUCACUAUUACUCACAGUGAAACUCCUCCCAAAAGUAUAUCAUUAUUUUUCCACAUAAAAACAG